AUGGUUACGACACUUAUUGACAGCCCUGAAAACUACAGAAAUAUCCCCAGACCUGUUCAUAAAGCAGGUGGGAAAGCCCUCAUACCUCUUUCAAAACCAGUCUAUAAUAAUAAUAAUAAUAAUAAUAAUAAUAAUAAUAAUAAUAAUAAUAAUAAUAGUAAGGUUUUUAUGAGCGCAUUCAUGUUUGUGAAAACCACGAGAGUUGUUCGGAAACGCGGGAUCGACCCACACAAUCCACCGGCUGUUUUGGUUGGACAUCAUGACGUCAUGAAGGAAGAAACAAGCGGCCGUGUGGCCUCUUACCUUGAAGCUCAACAACCUUUAAAAACACUAAACAUCAUGCGGUGCGAGAAGGAAACUUAUCCACUAUACGAGAAAAAAGUUGUUGGAAAUGUCCAGCUUAAAGAGGAACCAAAAAAUGAAGAAAACCGAAAGUUUCUGCGUAGUGUUGUCACGUCUCUUAUGUACGUUCUGGAACCGAUUUUACCAGACGAUGGCGUGAAGGGAGACGGGAAAAUUGCUAGCUUAUUGUACUUGAUUUGUCUAACAACAGCAGGGGUGGUAUUUAAUCUUUCCAAAUGGCUACAAGACGAUUCUAAGGCCGACUCCGGCGUGACAACGGACCACAUAGAUGGGUUCCUGAUCACCUGUAUCUGUCCAGCUCUGUUGUGGAUCUGUUACAUCUUUUGUAAACAAAGCGAUCGGAAGACUGUGGACUUUAUCACGCCCUCGCCCCACUCACACAGACCUCUGAUGGCGGGGGCUUACGUUUUCGGCGCGGGAAGUUGUGUCAUGGAUCUACUCCACAUAACAUUUUAUAUCGAAUGUUCAUCCAACUUAUCCAGCCUUUUCUUCUCCAUUUUCAAGGCUGUGUUUAUUUUUGCACAAAUUCUAUUUUUAAGAAAGUUUGCCACAGCAACCCUUCAUAAAUCACCAAGCAUUCGACUUGUACUUUUCCACAUACUUGGUACCAACGUAUGCCUAUGGUUUCGCGCGCUUUUUAGCCAUUCGAAAAGCAUUUUCAGUGCGCGGAGAUCACUUGAAGAUCUAAGCACUCGCGAAGAAAACGCUUGCUUUGCAAAUCACUACUCUAUGAAAAAGAUCUGGGACGCGUCCGAACCUUAUUUAUAUCCAUUUACAAUGGAGUAUUCACUUAUCGCGGGUGGCAUUUUGUACACCAUGUGGAGCGGGAUGCGGGAUCUUGAUCCCGACCCGCAAGAUAUUUAUAUCUAUGACGAGCUGUCUGACUUUAAUACGACUUCGGAUAAUCUUAGUGAACGACUCGAAAAAUUUGAACAUGACCACGGAUAUGGGACCUGCGAAGCUGCCACACCAUCCAGGGAUUCUGUGUCAAGUGGUAGAUUUUCAAGCCGUUUUUCGCUGAAUAGAGCCAUGUCAAACUCUUCUAUAUGUCAAUCAUGUAUUGAAAACCAGGAUGCACUUCGCAUGCACGCGAUCCCAAGCUCUGACCCAGGCCUUUUGAUUGGCCUCCUUUUCUCGAUCGUGUUGCUGCUCGCGGUUGGUUUACUGUGGGUUGACCGAGACUCUAUAAACGCGCUUAAAUUUUAUUACCUCUACCAAAUUAUUUUGCUGGUGUUCAUGUGCGUGGCCUGCUGGGUUGUGUUGCGGUGUUUAAUGAAUCAAAAAUUUAUGUGGUAUCCAUUUGGUGCAGAUGACACUCUCUUAAUAGUUUCGUUCACAGGGAUGUUUCUCUACGCUGGUUUAUGCCUCACAGCUGCCAUCGCCGAAAUAAGGAAUCAUCGUCACGCAUCGGAUUUCUCACUCGCUAAAUCAACAUUGAUUUUGUUCCAAGCCAUGCUUCAGGCUACAGCCCUUAUCAAGGCGCUGCGCUUCAGACCGCUCAAGGAACUGGGAGCGAAUAUAGUCCGACAAGGAACGCUGUUUCUGCUGACUACGAAUGUUGCACUGUGGGCGCAGGAUUCCUUCUUCGAAAUGAGGAACUUUGCGACCACACCAGUUCAGACGGUGUUUUACGGUGAGACUUCCUGGAGGGCAAUUACUACUUUAGCUUAUCCUUUAUGUAUUUUCUUUCGCUUUCACUCAGCAGCUUGUCUUUUUGAAGUGUGGUCUUGCUUUAGAGUUAACAACUUGAGCUAAGAUCAUGCAAAAAAUGUGCAGUCAAGGGAACAAGUGCUGGUCGAGUCCGUCAUGAGAAUCUUGACUUUCGCUCCCCGUCGCUAGAGUACCUCAGUAAUGUAUAGUUCCGAAAAGAUCGGAAAAGAUCGGAAAAGAUCGGAAAAGAUCGGAAAAGAUCGGAAAUACUUCGUUUUCAAAAUGGAGGAUAAGCAGAGAACAUUGCUUGUUUCUUUGACCGUAUUAGACUUCCAGCUGAGGGAAAUUUUCCGUGGUCAAUUAAAGGGGAAGAGCAUUGACUAGAUCUCACCUGUCGUCUAGCUAGCAUUAGAAUAAUUUUCCGACAUUUAAAUUUAUAAACUCUAAGAAUAUCAGUAUGCACUUGCAUUUAAUUAGACCACGGAUAUAUCAGUGAAUAGAUUCUGCUAUUCACUCAAUUGAAUCUUGACGGCUGAUGAAAGAAGUUCCAGUAGUUUUAUUAGUCGACAGAAUUUUUCCCAUUUCCAGGCUAAAAGUUUUAGCCAUGCAAACAACUUAAUUGCAUCGUGGGGGACUUCGAAGCAAUUAACUUAAAUGCAAAUGUUUCUUCGAUGAAAAGUAUUUUUCCACAUGGUUCAUCAUCUACCAACGAGCUUGAAGAAGGAUUUGGUGAACAUUUCUUGCUAUUUGAUUGCAAACUCAUGGAAAAGGAAAAAAUUCUAAUAUAUUUUAUGUUAAAAACUCUUAAGUGAAUAGUCAUUUUAGUAUGUAUAUUGUUCAUGUAUAUAUAUUUUUCAGUACAUAUCGGUUUUAGGAACCAUUUCUAUUAUUCGUUAAGCAUGAUUCAUUCAAAUGGGUGAUUCUUCCUGAACUUCACAAUUAGCGCGAAAUAGAUACGCCGUAAAAUUGGCGGUUUUGUAGAUUGAUAACUUUUUCGGUAAUAAUGAAUUUGAUGAUAAUCAUUUAUAUAUUAUAGUAUGGAAUUUUUAAUCUUCAUUUAUUUAUACCUUACCCAUCCAUAGUGAGAUUUCAAUUCACAUUCUAAGGCUUAUUUUCAGCGGACAAUACGUAUUUACCUUGAGGUAAGACAAGUAAGGUAAGAUAUUUCAAUAUUAUUUUUGACAAGGAAACAAGUAGUUUUGUAAAUAGCCACACGUUCAUGGCAAAAUGAAUCAGUUUUUCUUGUUUUUCUCGAUGGCAUGUCCGCCAGGAAUCACCAAUAUUUCUUUAUUUUUUUCUAAAAUGAUAUCGAUGGCAGAUGACGACAUCCGAGUGUUAACUGUCGUCGACAACAAAGAAUUGUUAUUCUUAAAUGAAUCAUUUCUAAGAUAGACUAACAGUAGUUUGUGUGCCAUGUAUACGACUGACAGACAGGCAAAAACACAUUUUACUCCGCGAUUAGUGCAUAACAACCAGUCACAACAGACCCGACUGACAAUCUGACAGGGAGACCAACAGUGACACAGACCACCCUCGCUCGCUAACAGGCUUGAGUUGUUGCUAAACUGUUAAUCAACUGUAUGUCAAGGACUAGCCCGGAUUAUAAGCCGACUGAACGAUAACAGAGUAACUUAUAAUUAUAGACAAUAAUCUCAAAAACAACUAACUAGCUGUCUGGCUGACUGUCUGAUCAAUUGUUUGACCAACUGUUGAACUGUCUGACGCACACUCUGACGAACUGUCUGACUGACAUUCCGAACUGACGGACUAGUUGGCAGGCAGACUAGCUGGCUGUCGAUAAUGCGCCACCAAAGAUACAGACUUACAGAUUGAUGAUUUGAAAACGAGGGCCUUAACUGUUUAGAUGACCGACAAAGUUAUAGAUCGCUUGAUUAAAUAUUGACGGACUGGUUGACUCAACUUUCACCUCUCCGCUUACCCCGUGACUAUACAGACUGACAGACAGUCAAACAGACAGGAGAAGAAAUUAACCGUCAGACCGGCUAGCUACAACGACAAAAUUAGAUUAUACAUUUAAGACAACUUCGCUACUCCCUACUGCCUGCUACUUACUGUACUGACAGUUUGACGGACGACAUUUGAUCUGACCUCAUACUAAGCUAAUGACUCUGCGCAAGUCUCACUGAUCUUACGCAACUGUUACUCUCUGUAAGUUUAACACAACUAACAACUAGCUAUCAAGAAAAAUGAACAACUACUUCGCUAUCGAACGUCACUUAGUAACUUCACCAAUUAUUACAACUGCCUAAAGGACAAACAGACAGACGAAUAGACAGAAAAACCAACCAACCAACCCACAAACAGACAGUCAGUCAGACAGACGGAGGCUGACUGACUGACUGACAGACAGACGAACUUAUAGACAGACUUACAGAAAUACAG